AUGAGCGGUGCAGGCUACCAGCCCAUCCGAUACAAGCGUAACUUGCCAGGCAAGAACCUUUCUGGUCUUACCAUGUUUGGCGGUGUCAUUGCCAUUUGCGCAUACGGUUUCUACAAGGUCGGCCUCGGAAACCUCGAAAAACGAGAGCUCAAGAGGGAACGUGCGUGGUCGCGAAUCCACCUGAUUCCUUUGCUCAUGGCCGAGUCGGACCGAGACGCUUACCGACGAAACGAAGCACAGAUUGCACGAGAGAAGGAGAUCAUGAAGGACGUUCCAGGAUGGGAGGCCGGCAAGUCGGUUUACAACACAAAGAAGUACACCGCACCUAACUUCAUCGUACUCUGA